UGCACCUAACAUGGCGCCUGUAUUUAGGAGUCAUAGAUGAGAUCCAUGACUCUACCAAUAUGGUCACCGGAUCGGCCAAAAUGGCGCCGGUUCGAGAAUGCUUGACCUACUCUGAAUGGCCGCUUCAUACGUCCGUGGUGUAAUGAGUGACCUCCCCAAGAUGGCGUAAUCCAUCCCGAGUCGUCGUUUUAUCGCCUGAGCAGGAUGGAGACACAGUCUGGGGAGGAGGAGGCCGGUCGAAUUCCCCGCAGCCUCUUUGAGCUAAGUGGAGUGGUGGUCAGCGCUAUCAUGGGACACGUGGAAGGAGAGGUCUGGGCGCUUCCAGGUCCAGUACUCCAGGGCAUCCUGCCUCUGCUUAACAUCUAUUACCUGGAGCGAAUUGAGGAGACUGCUGUGAAAAAAGGACUCUCAACCCAGCCUAUAUGGUGCAAACUCUGGUUUGACAUCAUGAAAACCAAACCAUCCAGAUUAGAGAGCAUCAAGUGUUGGAGGAAGAAGUUCCUUGAAACUUUCUUCUCCAAUGUGCUGCGUGGUAUCUUGGAUGUGUCUUCAGACCAGCGCCUGAGCGACCCUUGCUUUUUGCCCUUGCUACACACUUCACAGCAUGUUACUCAGCUUACUGUAUACAACAUGCUCGAGGGAGUAUUGGAGCUCAUGGCUAAACACAACCAGAGGGUGCUGGAAAACUUGGCUGUCUCACUCAGAUCCUUGACAUUCCGUCAUCUCCUCUCAUCUAGUCAGUCGGUUAGACAACAACUGAGUUUGCUCCUUCAUCGCUUGAUUCAUCAUGGGGCUGUGACUCAUCUGGCUAUGUACUCUUGGCCUGAUCCUGACCCAGCACUUUUAGUCCUCAUUCUAAAAAUGAGUGCUGGGGUUUGGCACCCAGGAAAGACGCUUGUGGAUCAAAAGAGCCUUUGCCAUCUGUGCAGAGAGACUUCUGUUAAUGGGAGCCAAAAGCCAGAUCAAGAGCAUAAAUCUUUUUUUGGUUCCAGCCGGAUGUUUCACACAUCAACAACAGGACCAUGUACUGAUGAGGAUGUGAGAAAUGAGAAAAUAUUGCCCAGUGUAUCUCAAGAAUCUGUUCCAGGCUUUGAAAAUGCAGUAGAACUGGUGUGCACAGAGACUUUUAAAAACUCAGUGGACUACAGAUUGCAUAGCCAUCCUUUGCAGAGUGGAACGCAGCACGGUGCAAGUUCAGAGAGUUGUAAUGCUGAAAAGGGAUCUCUCAGCCUUUCUGCAGCAAAAACAUUUCCAGAGGUCCCUGCUUUGAUAAGGCCUCAAAAGCGGUACAGGGCUGCAAAGCGCAACUGCCAUCAGAGGAGCAGCAAAACCUCUACACAUUCUGAAGACCUUUAUGACUUUGUCUUUGCAAUAGCAAGGGAAAAGGAAGAAGAAGCACUGCUUAAUAAAAAGAACAGUGAGGAGACAGAGAGUCCUGCUACAUGUUCCCAUCCAUCAGCAGAGGCUACCAGCGCUACUGCUUUGGUUUGCACAGUUGGGGCCCGACCCAUUGGGAUCACUUCUCUGAAAACAAAAAGUCACUUCCGAAGUGUGUCUACUCUGGAAGUAUUCUCCAUCCCUCUGACCAGGAAUACAUGUCAGAUGCUGGGUAACCUGCUCAGCUCUUGGGUAUCUUUAGAGAAGCUUGUUCUGUCUUUGAAUGGUCUAGGUCCCAAUAUCUUCAGCAUCCUGUCUGGACUCCGGGCCCUUUCUCGCCACAGUGAUUACUGCCUCCGUGUGAUGUGCAUCAGUGACAUGUUCUCAUAUGUCCCCUGCAUGAAUCUUGUCCAUUCCAUUUUGAGUGCUGUUCCAUUGCUUCAGAAACUCUUGAUCAGCUUUGAUCUUAGAACCCCAAUGGAAUGGAACAGGCAAGAAGAGAGCUUGGGUUCAUUAUCCCUUGAAGAAGAAAUUCCAGAGAGCCAUCUGGAACAUCUUGAGAUCAGAUUUCCUAGAGAACCUCUUCAAACAAGUCUCCUGGUGCCUGUGCUGAAAGCCUCAGGCUCUCUCCAGAGUCUCUCUCUAGACAGUGUUGCAGUUUCCUGCCCCCAAGAAGUUGGGCUUCUCCUGUGUGCCCUCAAAGAAUAUAGCCCAAGCCUGAAGAAGCUCAGCUUUCAUGAUGUGAACCUUUCUGGCCAUGCAAAAGAAGUCCUAACUCUUCUGCAGGAUCCCAUUCUUCAAGAAAUCACCUUUUCAUUUUGUCGGCUGUUUGAAAAUUGUACUGCUGAAUUUCUAUCCAACAUCAUAAACAUUGUGAAGAAGAAUUCCUCUUUGAAAAGCUUGAAACUCCCUGGAAAUAGGCUUGGAAAUCACAGGUUGAUUGCACUGGCUGAUAUUUUCUCUCAAGAUUCAUCCUCUACCAUCUGUCAUCUAGAUGUAAGCUCCAACUGCAUCAAACCAGAUGGACUCCUGGAAUUUGCUAAGAAGUUGGAGAGUUAUAUUGCCCAACGUGGAGAACAGCUAAAAUUCAAACUGUGCCUCUAUCAGAACUGGCUAGACCAAGAUGCUGUAACUGCUCAAGAGGCUCUUUGGCGGCUGAAAGCUAUGUGCACUGUGGUUAGUGACACAUGGGACUCCUCUCAGGCCUUUGCUGACUACAUCAGUGUGAUGUAAUAAAUGCUUAUGGGACAAUCUUUUAAUAAAGAUGCUUAUUAAUUAACAAUUCAGAUUAAUGUUUUUAGACAGUUGUAGUAACUGGCAAUAGCAACCAUUCCACUCU